UUGCGUCCGCCUCGUUGGCGCGAAAGUCGGUUCCCGGCCUCGGCGCUUCCGGGUUCUGCUGCGUUAGCUUGGGACUGGGGGCGCCGCCGGGGGCGGGGGCUGCGCGCCGGGCUGGCGCCCGACUCCAGCCGCCGUCCUGCUGGCCGCGCGCCCCCCGACGUGGUGCCCGUGGGCCCUCAGGCUCCUCCGAGUUCAGCAAUGUCCAGAAAUGACCAAGAACCGUUUUUUGUGAAGUUUUUAAAGUCUUCAGACAAUUCAGAAUGUUUUUUUAAAGCUCUUGAGUCAAUAAAGGAAUUACAGUCAGAAGAUUAUCUUCAGAUUAUUACAGAGGAGGAAGCAUUGAAGAUAAAGGAAAAUGACAGAUCACUUUAUAUCUGUGACCACUUCAGUGGUGCUGUAUUUGAUCACCUUAAACAGCUUGGCUGCAGAAUUGUUGGUCCUCAAGUAGUCACAUUUUGUAUGCACCACCAGCAGUGUGUCCCAAGAGCUGAGCAUCCAGUUUACAAUAUGAUUAUGUCUGAUAUAACCAUAUCUUGUACAAGCCUGGAUAAAGACAAAAGGGAAGAAGUUCAUAAAUAUGUACAAAUGAUGGGUGGACGAGUGUACAGAGACCUGAAUGUAUCAGUCACUCACCUUAUUGCAGGAGAAGUUGGGAGCAAAAAAUACCUAGUUGCUGCUAAUCUGAAGAAACCAAUUUUGCUUCCUAAUUGGAUAAAAACACUUUGGGAGAAGUCACAAGAGAAAAAAAUAACCAGAUACACUGACAUAAACAUGGAAGACUUUAAAUGUCCUAUUUUUCUUGGUUGCAUUAUCUGUGUGACUGGCUUAAAUGGUAUACACAGAAAGACAGUUCAGCAACUCACAACUAAGCACGGAGGCCAGUACAUGGGGCAGCUGAAGAUGAAUGAAUGUACACACCUCAUUGUCCAAGAACCAAAAGGACAAAAAUAUGAAUGUGCCAAGAGAUGGAAUGUGCACUGUGUGACCCUGCAGUGGUUUCAUGACAGUAUUGAGAAAGGCUUUUGUCAGGAUGAAUCUAUCUACAAGGCCGAAGCCAGAUCAGAAAUAAAGACGGUGCCUGAUACUUCAACUCCCACUGCUCAGGGCAAUGCAGCAGCUGAAAGUCGCACGCUUGCAGAUGUCAGCCAUAUAUCCAACAUAAAUAGCAGCUGUAUAAAUGAAACAAUGUUCAGUUCAACUACUGGCAAACUUGAAUGUACACUUGAAGACCUAGAAAAUCUGGACAUCAGUGUGUUUCAAGCACCUGAAGAUUUGCUAGAUGGCUGUCGGAUAUACCUUUGUGGUUUUAGUGGCAGAAAGCUAGAUAAGCUAAGAAGGCUUAUUAACAGUGGUGGUGGAGUUCGAUUUAAUCAACUUAAUGAAGAUGUAACUCAUGUAAUUGUGGGAGAUUAUGAGGAUGACCUGAAGCAGUUUUGGAACAAAUCAUCCCACAGGCCUCAUGUAGUGGGAGCAAAGUGGUUGCUGGAGUGUUUUAGUAAGGGAUUCAUGCUCCCUGAAGAGCCAUAUGUCCACACUAACUACCAGCCAGCUGCAAUUCCAGUUUCAGAUCAGCCUGAAAACCAGACAACUGUCUUGGAAAAGAACAGCAUAUUCUCUAAGAAAGAUUUUACUCCUAAUGAGAAGUUCCAGCAAACUGAUGAGGAUCUGCUCUCUCAGUAUGUAAAUAAUGACUCCACAUUAGUGGAGGCUAAGCCAUCUGAAUCUGUAGAGCUUGAAGUUGGGCCUUGCAGUGAUUCUACUCAAGUUGAGCCCUGUGAUGAGUCCACUCACAUUUCUGUGCAAGAGGAAGACCAGUCUUCAGUCAGCCAUUGCCUCCUGGAUGGCUCAGCAGUUCCUGAAGAAGGCUUAUUUAGCCAAAAGAGCUUCCUUGUGUUGGGUUUUAGUAUUGAAAAUGAAUGUAAUGUUGUAAACAUCAUAAGACAACAUGCUGGAAAGAUUGUGUCCCUUUCCAGCAGAAUUGUUGCUGACUUUGCUGUGGUUCCGCUGCUCGGGUGUGAAGUUGAGGCAACUGUGGGAGAAGUUGUUACAAAUACGUGGCUGGUUACAUGUAUAGAUUACCAGACACUAGUUGAUCCCAAGUCCAAUCCCCUCUUCACACCAGUGCCAGUAAUGUCGGGAAUGACUCCUUUGAAGGACUGUGUUAUUUCCUUCAGUCAGUGUGUUGGAGCAGAGAGAGAUUCCUUGGUAUUCCUAGCAAAUCAUCUUGGAGCAAGUGUUCAAGAAUUCUUUGUUCGCAAAUCCAGUGCAAAAAAAGGUAUGCUCGCCAGUACACAUCUUAUAGUGAAAGAACCAUUUGGCUCCAAAUAUGAAGCUGCAAAGAAGUGGAGUUUGCCAGCAGUCACUAUCUCAUGGCUCUUAGAAACUGCUAGAAUGGGAAAGAGAGCAGAUGAAUGCCAUUUUCUGGUUGACAGUGCACCUAAACAAGAACAAGUAUUAGAAACUAAGCUACCAAAUGGAGUGAAUCCAAAUCCAGACUCUCCAGCACACCCUGACCCACAUCUGGACAUGCACAGAAAAGUGGCUGUUACACCUUUGGAUAUGAAGCGCUUUCAGAGUAAAGCUUUCCAUGCUGUCCUAUCACAGCACUGUAAGCAGGGUUCCGUCUCUUCAGCAGCAGGACAGCCACCUACGAGGGAGCCCUCCUUGCACCUGGACACACCAUCAAAGUUUCUGUCCAAGGACAAACUUUUCAAGCCAUCUUUUGAUGUGACGGAUGCUCUUGCAGCCUUGGAAACCCCAAGAGCUACUACCCAGAAGAGGAAACUGAGCUCACCACUCUCUGAAGUCAUUGUCAGAAAUCUGAAAGUUGCUUUGGCAAAUAGUUCCCGAAGCACCAGCACUCUUUCUGCCAGUCCUCAGCCAAAGGGUACCCAUUUGGAAGAGGAAGAGGGUCCCAAACCACUUGAUGAAGUUGUGGUGUGUGUGAGUAAAAAGCUCAGUAAGAAGCAGAGUGAACUAAAUGGGCUUGCAGCCUCACUGGGAGCAGAGUACAGGUGGAGUUUUGAUGAGUCAGUGACUCAUUUCAUUUAUCAGGGUCGGGCAAAUGAUAGUAAUCGAGAAUAUAAAUCUGCAAAAGAAAGAGGGGUGCAUAUUGUUUCCGAGCAUUGGCUUUUAGAGUGUGCUCAAGAGUAUAAGCAUCUUCCUGAAUCUCUUUAUCCACACACUUACAAUCCCAAAAUGAGCCUGGACAUCAGUACAGUACAAGAUGGCUGGCUCUGUAAUAGCCGGGUACCCUCUGCAGUUCCUGCAUCUAAGGACGAUGAGCCAGAUCAUUUGUCUGUAGAAGAAAAUGAGACAAACAGCAUGGUCAUGGAUAACAAAGAAUCAGGACUAUUGAAUGGGAAUGGAAGAAAUGACUGCAAAGGGGGAUAUGGUGAUGCAAGUAACCUUGGCACUCUAGAGAUGGCAGCAGAAGGAUCACAAGUGGGAGCUCUGACACAGGCCUUGGAGAUGAGAGAAAACUUCCAGAAGCAAUUGCAAGAGAUCAUGUCAGCAACCUGCAUCGUGAAGAUGCAGGCGCAGAGGAAUUGCCUGUCAAGAAGCAGUUGCAACAGUGCCUCUUCAACUCCUGACAGCGCACGCUCUGCUCGGAGCGGACGAAGUCGAGUCCUGGAGGCACUCAGGCAGUCUCGACAGAUAGUGCCUGAUAUCAACACAGAGCCCUCCCAGAACGAGCAGAUCAUUUGGGAUGAUCCGACAGCAAGGGAGGAGAGAGCAAGGCUCGCCAGCAACUUGCAGUGGCCUAGCUACCCUACACAGUUUUCUGAACUUCAGGUUGAUGUUAAAAAACUGGAUGAUUCUCCUUCUCAAGAGCCUGUGUACCAUUCAGAAAUUGCUGAGCAGGCCUUGUGUGUGACUGAAGCCCCAGAACACCCAAUCCCUGAAGAACCAGAAACUCCAGCAACAGAUAAGCAUCCAGUCCCUGUGCCACAAGCUCCCAGCAUUGCUUUCCCCUUGGCCAAGCCUCCCGUAGCUCCACAGACUAUGGACAAGAUCGAAACAGUGGAGGAGAGUCAUGAAAAACUUAAGCAAUAUGUGUUCCAGAUGUCGUCUCUGAAUUCUCAAGAGCGGAUUGAUUACUGUCACCUGAUUAAAAAACUUGGUGGGUCAGUGAUUGAGAAACAGUGCUCAGACCCCAACUGCACACACAUGGUUGUGGGCUAUCCCUUGCGAAAUGAGAAGUACUUAGCCUCCAUGGCAGCUGGCAAGUGGGUACUUCAUCGCUCCUACCUGGAAGCUUGCAGGACAGCUGGGUGCUUUGUGCAGGAAGAAGACUAUGAAUGGGGAAGUAGCUCCAUCCUGGAUGCUCUCACUGACGUCACUGAGCACCAACAAAAACUAGCGCUUGCAGCAAUGAGGUGGAGGAAAAGAAUCCAGCAAAGACAAGAGUCAGGCAUUGUUGAGGGAGCAUUUAGUGGCUGGAAGGUUAUUUUACGUGUUGAUCGGCCCCGAGAAGCUGGGUUUAAGCGUCUUCUUCAGGCAGGAGGAGCAAAGGUAUUACCUGGUCAUCCAGUACCUUUAUUUAAUGAGGCUACACAUCUUUUUUGUGACUUCAACAAACUGAAACCUGAUGACUGCAGAGUUUUCAUAGCGGAGGCUGCUGCCCAGAACAUGGCCUGCUUGAAAACAGAAUAUAUCGCUGAUUACCUCAUGCUGGAAUCACCUCCUUGUGCAGAUAAUUACCGUCUCUCAGAAGCUGCUUUUCUCCUGAAUAAAGAAUCUGGGCCAGGAUUAUCUCAGAAGAGGAGAGCUCCUGCAGAGAACAUCAUCAAACGGCCUCGAGUGCACUAGUGCACUAGGAGAAAAGUUUCAGUUACAACCUGAACACUGUUGUGAUGGCUUUGUGUAGUUUAGCGACAUUCAUCUGAAGGACUCUGCUUCAGAGCAGUGGUCCUGGGAACCUGGUGCUUUUAACACCUGGAUUUGAAUUACCGGAUAAAGGGACUUCACUACCUUCUCUGGGCACACUGUGUGCAUAAUUAUUUUUCUUGUAAACAUCUGUAAUAGUUUUUAACAAGGAGAUAAAUUUUGUCUCAGAAUGUCUUAGUUCAUAAAAACAACAAUGUUAAUCAAUUGGGGUUAUUUCAUGUUUUCCCUGAUUUCUUUUAUAUAUAGAUACUUGCCAUUUUACCUUAUUUAAUAGCCUAAGCAUGGGGUUUAAUAAUGAAGCCGGGGCUUUAAACUUAAAUGUGUAUAUAUGUAAAUGUAUAUGUGUAAACUUUCAUGUUUUCAAAAUGUGGGCAAACAAAAUUUAGAAAAUAAACAAUCUCAAUUCACUCUGA